GAAGGGGGUAAAGGAAUGAGACGAAUGAAUCGCUUUUUGAGCACAAAGCCACAACAAACGCACUCGUUGCUGGGAAAGACGGGCCCUGCUCCAGAACGACAUCUCACUCACAUCUUUGAGAACCAGACAGGAACGACAGCAAGGAUCAGGACCAUUACUUGAGUGUUCAACUUGGACUCUUUAUACUCACAUUCACAACAGCAAUGAGCGGCAACACUAAGAGGAGAAACUACCGUAAGCGCGAGGUCACACCCGAGGCACCAGGAGUAGAAGACGGCGCAACAGCACAGCAGACAGGGGAUGAACAUGAACCGGAGGGACUCACGUAGGUGCACGGUCUUGAGUCUUGUGUAUCAGCUUUCACUUCAAUGUCAUGGAACUACCCCUGCUAGCGGGAUCGUCAAGCGCUCUGCGGUACUCAACCCAAUGAUCCUCGACUUGCGUAUCAUUACGUCUUUGAUUUUAUUGUAUGUAAAUAGCCUCGACGAAUUGAUGGAGCUUCGCAAGCUUCGACAGCGCCCUUCAGGAAUCGCAGCUACAGAUUUGCUCGUUGGAGACACAUCAGGAAAGAAAAAGAAGAAAGAUAAGGUCAUCGCCGCGGAUCCAUGGGGACUUUCUUCUGGAGGCGGAUUAGUUGAUCUGGACGAAAUGAGGCGCCAGGAAGAUAGUGAGGGCAAGUCAUCAGGAGUUCUCAACUCUUUCACGAAGCAGACGAACGUACUGGAUGUUGACAAGCACAUGAUGAAAUAUAUCGAAGAAGAGAUGAAGAAACGCAGAGGCGAGACUUCAGCAUCUGAAGAAAACACGGAAGGGGCGCCCCAAGGAUACAAUGGGGACACGGACAUCCUAGACGAGCUCGGUAUCAAGAGAACGGCUCCUAAACCAGAGCAGGAGGGAAAUGUGCAGCUGUCUACGACUAUGUUGACGGCGAUCCCAGAAGUAGACCUCGGCAUGGACGCAAGACUGAAGAACAUCGAGGAAACCGAAAAAGCGAAGCGCAAGCUAAUUGAAGAGCGUACAACCACCUCUAUCAAUCCUGGAAGGUUUUCGCAACCAGCAUAUGUGCCCUCAGAUCGGGAGCGCAUCUCACACCAUCAGCAAAACAACCGCCGGAACAAUAACAGCAACAAUAAUAACAACAGCAACCAGAACUCGGAAUCUGGACAAGGGCCCAAUCACCGCUUUCAAAACACGUACGGAAACAAUAGCGGACAAAACAACAGGGGCGGUGCUGGCCGAGGCAUGGCUACGGAUGAUCUUGUAAUGGAGCGUUUCAAGAAGCGUAUGAGGCGAUAAGAUAGACCAUGCGCUAUGCAGGGAUUACAACAGUAACCGGCGACAAUAAAAUUCCAAGCUGGUCUUUGAUGCACUUGACAACUGAUACAUGUGCCUGGGAAAUGCAACCAAACCUUAAUACCCACGAAACGAAUGAAACAUACACCUAUAAACAAGGCCAUCCUUACAGGCAGGGCAAACCCUGCCCAUUCCUUAGAAUGGCAUGCACAUUACCAAAUGACGGACAAAAGAAACAAUUGGAGAAGGGACAGAUCGUUUAUCCGGAGCCACCGGAGUAGGCCUUGCCGAAGAAGAUGACCUGGAGCUGAU